UCAGGGCAUCGAUCCUUUGUGCGCUCACGGGCCGGGAUUGAUCCUUUCUGAAUCACGCGCCGGGAUUGAUCGUUUUGGCUUUGAUGAGAGCGUACGCGCGCCAGCAGCUGGCGGCCUGGCUGCGCGCGUUGCCGAUCGGGGGCGCGCGCCGCGGCCGCCUGGAGAUGAUCUCGUUCUGGCUGCUGUGCUGGAAGCUGCUGAGAGCAACUGCUGGGCUAAGUAAGACAACAGCUGAGCUAAUGGACAGUAACCACAGCGAUGGUAGCUCCAACAGCUCUACCACUCCGAUACAACCAACAAGUCCAAUUACCAUGGAAACUAGCUCGCCAUCACUGACAGAUUCAGAACGACAGAGUGUGCCGACCUGCUGCAGCGAGGAACCUCUGGAGCCGGACCACAGUGGGGUCCAUGGGGCAGAUGAACCAUUCACUAACCAGGAGGCUGUAGACGGAGAACAACAGGGGUGUGAUCAAGACACAGUGGUAUUUAAGAUGGAAGCACUCGAGAGAGGAGAGGAAGGAGGAAGUAAAGGACCUCAAGACCUGGAGACAGGAACAGAGGAGCAGGAAGCCGAAGGGCGAGCAGAGAAAGAAGACCUCAAGAAUAGAGAGGAUAAAAAGCAAGAAUUAGAAGUUCAACCUGAAGAAAGAGAGGGUGCAGAGGAGGAGAUAAUGACAGAGUGCAGUCUGUCAGAGGAGCUGAUUAGCUCUGACAGUCCGCGUGCUCCUACAGCGGGAGAUGAUCACCAGACUACAUCCCAGCAGCACCCAGAAUCUGUGCUGUCUGAGGGCUGGGAGUGCGACUCUGACAACAGAGAAGAUUUUAUUGAGGGACAGCCCAGUGAGUGUCUAUUGGUUGACCUGAUUGUUGUGCGGAGUGACGCAUCAGAGAACCAGUGGGUAGCUGUGAUGCCCUGUGAUGUCAUGAAUGAGGAAGAAGAAACUGAAAGUACUGAUGAAGCCAUCUGUGAUGGAAAGAGGAAACCUGAGGGGAAUGGAGGAGAUGAUGAAGAGAAAGGAGAAAGAGAGGUAACUGUGAAAGACGAACAGAGAGAAGAAGAGGUGAAGAAAGGCUGGACUGAUGAGGAACACAUAAUCCUGGAUAGAGGUGUUCUCCCACGCUCGCCGUCUGUGAGCUCCUUGACCAGCUCUGCAGACUCAUACAGGAGAGAAACCCACGGUGAAAAUGUCUCGACUGAGCAUCUGGACUUCCUGUUGGCCCGGCAGCAGUGGAAAAAAAUGGAGGAGCAGUUUAAGGAUCAACCAAUCCCCAAACCAGGCCUCAAAGCUCACAAUGGUUUCCACGGUACCCACAGCUCAAUAUACCCUCCCACUCGCAGUCCCCGUCUCAAACGCAGGGAAAUUCAUAACCAGGUGCACAAGGAGCCCCCUUUAUCCAGCACCCUUAGCCCAAGUUCAGAGGACUCUGGCCUGGAUGACUCGUCCUUCCGCAGCCAUCUGGAGGACACCGAAAGUGCUGUGGAGAGAGAGAUCCGACUGACGCUGGAGAGAGAGGAAAAACACCGCAGAGAGAGGGGCAUGAUUGCUCAGGGACUGACAAUACCCAGACCAACCAGCAUACAGACCGGGAGAUCACCACCACGACCUCCGGCGUGCCGCACCCCAACCUUAUGUGUCUCCCCAUCACCUCCCUGCUCCCCUUUUCUUCCGCAAUCUGUGUAUCAAGAAGUGAGAGCCAAUAAUGUCAUUAUCCUGGAGCCUGACUCUUCUAGCGCUGCUGCCAGAACCUGCCAACUGUCCCCUACAUUCAGUAGCCCGGGUGCCACCUUGCUGGGAGGCUCGGACACAGUCUGUUCAACCAACGUCAUUGUGGUGGAAACCUCCAACCUGAUUAUUCGCAGCGCUUCUGAAUUCUGCCUGAACGCUACCCCUUUAUCCGUGGGAACCCAGGAGUGCACGUUUUCAUCAAAUCCAUUUUUUAAGUUGCGCUCUCGCAGCAGUCAGUCGCUUGUAGACCAAGAAAUCCAGAUGGUAAGGCAGAGGGAGGAGGAGUGGAGGAGGCAGAGGGAGGAGUUAUGGAGGAAGAGGAGAGAGGAUGUGUGGAAAAAGGGGAUGGAGAAGUAUGACACGGUGCUGGUGUCACCCAGCCUCAGUGAGAACAGCACUUUUAAUGAAAUUACAGAGAGGUGUGUCUCUUCCCCUUCCUCCCCCUCCAAGACUCGUAAAAUGGAACGAUCCAGCUUGUCUUGUGACUAUAAGUUUCCCCCGGCUCUGUCCUCGUUGCCGCAGCGUAAGAAUGCCGUGUCCCUGCGAUGGGAGGCCAGCCUGCUCACCAACAAGAAGAAAGAGUGACUCACAACAGCACAGACACACGUUUAAAAGUCUAUUU